CGCAGUUGAUCCAAAAUUUGUGAGGGAAACAAAAAUGGCGGAGGAACAGGAGUUGCUUCAGCUUGAAAAUCUGUGUAAGCAGCUGUAUGAGACAGCAGACACAAGUCUCCGGUCAGAUGCUGAGAAAGCCCUGGUUGCCUUUGCCAAUACUCCAGACUGCCUCAACAAAUGUCAGCUCCUUCUUGAGCGUGGAAAUUCCCCAUAUGCGCAGUUGUUGGCAGCCACAACUCUUACAAAGUUGGUCAGCAGAAUCACCAUUACACUGCCCCUUGAACAGAGAAUUGAUAUCAGAAACUACAUACUAAACUACCUGGGAACCAGGCCAAAGUUGGUGCAUUAUGUUUUGCAAGCAUUAGUGCAGUUAUUCUCCCGCAUAACCAAGCUUGGCUGGUAUGAUGUGUUGAAGGAUGAGUAUGUGUUCCGCAACGUGGUCACAGAUGUGGGCAAGUUCAUACAGAGUGGCUCCACACAGCACAUCAUGAUCGGGGUACAGCUGCUCUCACAGCUGGUAUGUGAGAUGAACAGAGUCAGCGAGGCAGAGAUAAGCCGUUCUCUGACAAAACACCGUAAGAUAGCUUCAUCUUUCCGGGACACACAGUUGUUUGAGAUUUUCCAGCUAGCUUGCUCACUUCUCCGAACAGCAGCUGGCAAUAUCAAAACCCUUGACUUCACAGAUGAGAAUCAGCAUGGCCUGUUGUUACAUUCCCUCCGUCUGGCUCACAACUGCUUGACGUUUGACUUCAUUGGCACAUCAACGGAUGAAUCAUCAGAUGAUCUCUGUACUGUGCAAAUACCUACGAGCUGGCGAACAGCAUUCCUGGAUUUUUCCACCCUUGAGCUUUUCUUCAACCUUUACUCCGGCUUGCCGUCCUCUUUGUCACCAAUGGCUUUAUCCUGUCUAGUUCAAAUAGCAUCAGUUAGAAGAUCAUUAUUCAACAACGCAGAGCGUGCCAAGUUCCUUAACCACAUAGUGACAGGUGUCAAAGACAUCCUGGAGAACCCGCAAGUUCAGGGCCUGUCAGACCCCAGCAACUACCAUGAGUUCUGUCGCUUGCUGGCGCGAUUGAAGUCCAACUACCAGCUUGGGGAGCUAGUAAAAGUGGAUGAAUAUCCUCAAGUUAUAAAACUCAUCGCAGAAUUUACAGUGACUAGUCUACAGAUGUGGCAGUUUGCGCCCAACAGUGUUCAUUACCUGCUCAGCCUUUGGCAGCGGAUGGUGGCGUCAGUGCCAUACGUUAAGGCGUCAGAACCACACAUGUUGGAGACUUACACACCAGAGGUCACCAACGCAUACAUCACAUCCAGACUGGAGUCUGUACAUGUAGUAGUCAGGGAUGGUUUAGAAGAUCCAUUAGAGGACCAUGGUCUUAUAUCACAACAGCUAGAACAGUUGUCAACAAUAGGCAGAUGUGAAUAUGACAAGACUUGUGCAUUACUGGUUCGGUUGUUUGAUGAAUCAGCACAGCGUUAUCAGGAAUUGGUGAAUGCAGGCGGAGGAAAUAGUCCAGAGUUAACCAUACAGCAAGGUCGCCUGACAUGGCUUGUGUACAUUAUUGGAUCUGUGAUAGGUGGUCGGGUGGCUUUUGCUAGCACCGAUGAACAUGACGCUAUGGAUGGUGAACUGGUCUGCAGGGUUUUGCAGCUAAUGAACCUGACAGAUUCGAGGUUAUCACAGAAUGGUUGUGAAAAGCUAGACCUAGCCAUCCUCAGCUUCUUUGAACAGUUCAGAAAGAUAUAUGUGGGGGAUCAAGUACAGAAAUCAUCAAAGGUGUACAGAAGAUUGUCAGAAGUCCUUGGUCUAAGUGAUGAAUCUAUGGUCCUUAGUGUGUUCAUUGGUAAAAUUAUAACAAACCUGAAGUUUUGGGGUCGAAGCGAACAGAUAAUCUCCAAGACGCUGCAGCUGCUCAGCGACUUGUCUGUGGGGUACAGCAGUGUAAGGAAACUGGUGAAGCUAGAGGCCGUUCAGUUCAUGCUCAACAAUCAUACUAGUGAUCAUUUCCCGUUCCUUGGGAUAAACGCAGGAAACAGUCCCAUGGCUGACAUGCGAUGUCGGACAUUAUUCUACACAGCACUAGGUCGGCUUCUUAUGGUCGACCUCGGGGAAGAUGAGGAGAGAUUUGAGCAGUUUAUGAUGCCUCUAGAAGUGUUUGACAAAGUGAACAACAUGUUAGCCAAUGCAGACACUCCUAUCAAAGUAGAAGAAGCAAAGCGAUCUCUAGUUGGUCUGGCGCGGGAUUUGAGGGGUGUAGCCUUUGCCUUUAACACAAAGACGAGCUACAUGAUGCUGUUUGAUUGGCUGUACCCCAACUACACCCCCGUCCUACACCGUGCAAUCGAAAUCUGGUACAGUGAACCCAGUGUCACAACCCCAGUGCUUAAACUGAUGGCCGAACUUGCUCAAAACAGAUCUCAAAGAUUACAGUUUGAUGUUUCAUCUCCUAAUGGUAUAUUAUUAUUCAGGGAAGUUAGUAAGCUCAUGGUUAGCUAUGGUUCUAGAAUAUUAACGAUAGGCGAUAUCCCUAAAGAUCAGACUUAUCCAAUGAAAUUGAAAGGUAUAUCAAUAAGUUUCUCCAUGCUGCGAAUGGCGUUAUGUGGUAACUAUGUGAACUUUGGUGUAUUCCGUCUCUAUGGUGAUGAUGCCCUUGACAACGCUCUCUCCAUGUUCGUUAAGCUUCUUCUGUCCAUCUCCCAGAGUGACCUUUUGGAUUACCCUAAGCUAAGCCAGAACUACUACGGCCUCCUGGAGUGCCUGGCGCAGGAUCACAUGACAUUCAUCUCCAACCUGGAGCCCCAAGUGUUCCUCUACAUACUUUCGACAAUCUCAGAGGGGCUCACUGCACUAGACACCAUGGUAUGCACCGGGUGUUGCGCAACCCUGGACAAUAUCAUCACUUACCUGUUCAGAAGACUGACAAGCAAGAAGAAGAAAAACCAUCCUAGUGCACCACAGGACAGCGAAGCAUUUCUCAGAAUCCUGGAGCUUCAUCCAGAAAUACUGCAACAGAUGCUACAGACAGUGUUGAACAUCAUCAUGUUCGAGGAUUGCCGGAACCAGUGGUCCAUGUCCAGGCCCCUUCUUGGCCUUAUCCUGCUAAACGAGGAGUACUUCAACAAGUUGCGUGCAAGUAUAAUAUCGAGUCAGCCCCAGGACAAGCAGCAGACAAUGGCUCAGUGCUUUGAGAGCCUCAUGGAAGGGAUUGAGCGCUCCCUUCUCACCAAAAACAGGGACAGAUUCACCCAGAAUCUUUCGCUGUUCAGGCGAGAUGUCAACGACUCAUUAAAGGCCACCGGCUCAGGCAGUCCUUCCACAUCGACAAACUCAUUGGACAUGAUGAACUUGUAGCCCCACCCACUGACUAGAAGCGCGCAUUAAGCAGGCCUGUUGUUGAACUUGUGUAGCUUGAGCUGCGAAUCACCAGUAGCUAGAGUGCCCUAUCAGCAGCUGACAAUUCAGCAAGGCUGUUGUUAAAGAUGUAGCCCAACCCGAAGACAAUUUACAAGGCUGUUAAAGAAAUUAAAGCUUUGCCCAUUAUUAUGGCUGGCCAAUCAGCAGGACUUUUGCCGAAUGUUAACCCACCUUUUGUAAACCGACCAAUCAGAAUGGUUAGUUAAGGAAAUUGCUGCCAAUGAUAGAAGAGCUCCAAUCAAGCUGGCUGCUUGUGGAGUGCUUGUUAAAAAUUGGAUAAUAUGUUUGGGCAUCAAGAGGAUAGCUUGUGGACACAAUCAAACACCUGAUGUCCAGUGUUGUGAUGUUAGAACCCUGGCAAUACCAAUGACAAAGUGCUUUCAUUGUCUAUGUGAAAUCGUUCAUUCUUAUCUGUUCAUUCCCACAUGUUGUUCUCGAAACCAUGUUUAAGAUUGAAUCUUAAAUAUUAUGUUCAUUUUAUCACCCUUGUUACAUGUAUGUCUCAGCAAUUUAUCAUGUCACUAUAUCAUGUAUUUAUAAUGACUUGGUGUGACAAUUCAUUUUUACAAAGUAUUGUUUAUCUAGGAAACAUACUCAGUCUUCUCAAUAAAAGUUGCUUGAAUUUGAAAAAUAGCUACAGAAAUAAAAUCCAAUUUGUCGUGCUUAUUAUCCAGAGAGAGGGACAAAUUUCAUAAAUCUUAACUGGUUGAAAUUCAUCUAUUAGGAGGGAAAUGUUGGCCAGAGGCCACUUCUUAUUGAGAACACUUGAUAUUAAAUGACAUUUUGUUGCAAUGAUAUAUGGGCUGGUGCUUAAAAUUCAUAAUUGGUGCGGUGAUUUUCUACACAAUAGGUAGAGAGGGAUUUAAGGGCUAUGAUUUCUGAUGAACAAAGCUCACAUAAUGAGAUUUUAAUCAUAACAAAAUUCGGUCAUUUUUAGGUCAUCUGUUUUUCGAGGCAUGGUCAUAGCUGGAGUCAUUGUUGUGCUAAAACCUCAACCUUGGCGAUAACUCAAAAACCACUCGUAGGUAUACAAAUGAGACUUGGUACACAUGUUGUCCAUGCCCAGUCAGUGGCAUAAAUGUAUAUACAAAAAUGUGUGUUGGAGUUCUCAGUGGCGCUCUUUUCUUCGUUUUUGGAUCAUUUUAAUGAAUGAAAUGAAACUAAAUUUUGUUGGUAGUUUUGUUUUCGGAUAAGGUUAUUUUGAUAAAUUAAAAGGAUUUAUUUUAUUUACAAGUUUUUGCAUGAUAAUGUUUUUGGCAUUUUGAGCAUGUACCGGUACUUUUUAUUGACAAGCAAAAUUAACUUUAGUAAAGAUUUAUGGCUUAUAAUUGUUUUUCUCCUGUUAUUCAGAUAAAGCUGGUUGUUAUAAACCAGUUUGUUUGUUAAACGUUAGAAAUGAGUUUUAUCAUCAAAGUGCUACAUUGUAUAUGUGCUUCUGACAUCAUGUGGAAAUAAGAUUUCCAUCUGUACGGUACUAACUGUAUUACACUGUGAUAUUUAUUCCUUGAAUCCCCUAAUUUGCAGCUACAGGUACUUCACAUUUUGAGGGCUCAAUGCUUGACCGAUAUUGCGCCUAUUUUUAUAUGGAGUUACCGGGACAUAUGUUAAGCGCUGAGCCUCAGAUGUAGAUACAGGGUUGGUAUUUGUGACUCAUCAUGAAACCAUAUGCAUGAACUGUUUUUUUCACAGUUAUUACAAUUUAACAUUACAAUUUGAACAGUGCAUAGUACAUCAGGUUGUAAACAAUAUAUGGAGUCAUUUUUCAAUGGUACAAGUUUGUUUUAAACAAGGUUUAUUUCUUAAAAAGUUCAAUUGACAAUGUAUAUUUUAAUACAAAAAUUUAGGUAUUUGAUCGGAAGCUGAAAGCUUAUAAUGAUCAUCUGUUUUUUGCAUCAAACAUUUAUGAAUUUGACACAAUGUGUCUGCUCGAAAAAAGCUUCAAGUGUCUAACAAAAGAGCAUAUGAUGUGUGAGAGCUAAUAAAAUGUUUGAAUACUAAAGUUGAGAGGAUGCCAGUUAAUUUGAGUUCUAAUUAUACAUAUGGCUUUUGGUGUAUUAUAUAAAUUUGUCUACUUAGAAAUGGGUAGAAUAUUUGUAAUGUUAUGUAUAAAAUAUUGAAAAUAAAGUUAAAAAAUU